AUGCUCAUCAAAGGAGCCUUUCUUGCCUUUCUUGUCGCUGUCGCAAGUGCUAUCGAGUCGACUCCUUGUACCUCUGGUUCUUGCACCUAUACCGCCGGAGAUGGUGUGAACUCCGCGUACUCCGUCCUUGCGAUCAAUACGGAGAAUCCUUCUUCGCUCUCAGAUAUUACGGCUGCCGCAGGAUGGGACAUUAUUGAAUGUGAUCCAGAUUCUGUUGGUCCACAAGACGUUCGCCUCGUCUGCACCGAUAGAUCCAAGAAUUGUGAUCAACUCUUUGAAGGGGGUGAGGAAAACACCAUUGUCAAGUUGCCCGACAGCUGUGCAGGCGGUCCGUUUGCCCGAGUAGUCAAGUCGUGGAUUCCUGAUAACCAGACAUUGCCCGCUCGUCUCGCCAAACGGCAGUUGGAUGACCCGGUCCGAGCGUUGACGCUCGACUUUGACUUUGCUCAAAUCCCCGUUUCUAAGGGCAGAAUCUGGGUCACUGCCUCGGCCACCAAUUCUCGUACACAGCGAGAUGCCAUUACUCGCUCCGCCACCAAGCGCUCUAUCCGACAUGCCACUCGCGCUGGACAUGCGAAUGCUAUGAUCCGCGAUUUUGUCGAGGCAUCUCAGAAGCGUAAUCAAACUGCCAAACCCCGUCGUGGAUUCUUCGAUGGAAUCAAAGAUGCGUUCAACGGCGCUGUAGAUGCAGUCAAGGGCGCAGCUCAGCAAGUCGGGGAUGCACUCCAGGGUGCGGGUAACACCGUCGCCAAUGGUGUUCAGGAUGCCGCUCAUACGGUCGCCGAUGGAGUUCAGGAUGCUGCUGAAGCGGUUCAAGAUGGCAUCCAUAAAGCUGGAGAUUCCAUCGGAGACAUUGUUGAAACCGCAGCUGGCGCCGUCUCGGAUUUUGUGCACUCGCUGGACGAUGCGACUGGGUUUAACGAGACACUUUCCAAGAACUUCCAUGUUAUCGAUAUCGACCAAUCGUUUCCAGUCUUCAGUGCGUCGAUCGACUGUCCCAGUUCUGGCGUAGUCCCAGCACUCGGUGCCGGGGUCUCUGUUUCUGCUGCUGUUCAGGCGAAACUCGACGCAGAGGUUGGAUUCAUUGUCACCGGAAGUAUUGUUCCGCCUCAAAUUGACGACCUGGCGUUUACUUCGGUUCUUCGUGGUAAACUGGGAGCGACAUUUGACGUCAAGGCUAAUGCAAAAGGGACAUUCGAUACCGGAGCAGUACCUCUCCUCCAGACUGGUCUCCCUGGCUUAAGCUUCCCGGGGAUCCUGACCGUCGGACCUUCUAUUUCUCUCAAUGCACAAGCAAAGGCGUAUUUGGGAAUCACAGCCGAUAUUAAUAUCGCCUCUUCCAUGGAUAUUCCCCAGAUCAAUCUCGUGUUCCCACCUAGUCAAGGACAAAAUGCUGCGCAGGUGGUACCCGGUGAAACUCCUAUCAACGUCAAAGUUGGUGCAUCAGCAGAGCUGCAAGGACGUGCGGAGGUCCAUUUGGUACCUCGUCUCGAUAUUGGUGUCACUAUUCUCGAAGGUGCCGCAAAGACAACCGUAUUCCUCAAUGUCGACGGGUCUGCCGGUUUAGAUUUUACGCUCUCUGCUGGCGCAGACGUCACGCCCGUCUCUGGGACAAUAGAGGAUCCCGUUCUUUCUCUAUCAGAUGUACAGAAGAAGUUUGGUGGAUCUGUGGGUGCAGACCUCGGCGUUUCUGUCAACGCAGGCGCCACGGCUGCGCUUGUGCCGUUCUUUGAUCAAACCGUAUCCGUCGAGCUCUUCUCCAAAAAGUUCCCACUCUUCAAGGCAUGUCUAUGGCUCAAACGUUUGACCUUGUCCUGA